AUUCUCCGUUGUUGACAAAAAAUCAGCUGCGCAACAGAGAAAACAAAGAAGUUGGUAAGAACUAGGAACCAGUUGAACAAAAAGUGUACCAAAAUUGGUAUUCGUCUUUUCCUUCAAAUAAAAACGUUACAUUUAACAUCUGUAGAAAGACAUCGAGCUUAUUUCCAAAAAAAUUUCCAUUCAUUUAACGGAUGAGUCAAAUCCGACAAGAAAAUGACUCCAAUGCAGGAGGUGUUUUCGUCAAUUUUAAUCAAGACUGCACGUCUCUUGCUGUGGGAACAAAAGAGUGUUAUAGAUUAUUUUCUCUUUCUUCUGUGGAUCGUUUAGAUCUCAUUUAUGAAAGCUCUAGUGAGUUAGAUGAAGAUGUUUGUCUUGUUGAAAGACUGUUUUCUAGCAGUUUGGUGGCAGUAGUUAGCUUAUCUUCUCCAAGAAAAUUAAAGGUUUGCCAUUUCAAAAAAGGCACAGAGAUCUGCAAUUAUUCAUAUUCCAAUACUAUUUUAGCUGUGAAACUCAACAGAGCUAGACUGGUAGUGUGUUUGGAGGAGUCUCUGUACAUCCACAACAUAAGAGAUAUGAAAGUACUACAUACCAUCCGUGACACUCCUCCAAACCCCCAAGGUUUAUGUGCAUUAUCUCCCAACAAUGACCAUUGCUAUCUAGCCUAUCCUGGCUCCUCAAGUAUUGGAGAAGUCCAAAUUUUUGAUGCCUACAAUUUGCAAGCUAAAACCAUGAUACCAGCUCAUGAUUCGCCAUUGGCUGCAAUUGCCUUUAGCUCAACGGGAACUCUAAUUGCGACUGCCUCCGAGAAAGGGACUGUUAUUCGAAUCUUCAAGGUGUCUGACGGCGCUCGCCUACAUGAGUUUCGACGAGGAGUAAAACGUUGUGCCACAAUUUACAGCUUGGCAUUCAGUGCUGAUUCCAACUUUCUGGUUGCAUCAUCAAAUACAGAGACAGUUCAUGUCUUCCGAUUAGAAACCACCAAAGAUGCACAACGUCCUGGCUCUUCCAGUGAAGAGCCUCAAGGCUGGAUGGGCUAUCUUUCUAAAGCAGUCUCGGUAUCGGCAAGCUAUCUGCCAACUCAGGUGGCUGACGUUUUCAGUCAAGGUAGAGCUUUCGCCACUGUACACCUACCAUUCCAAGGCAUCCGAAAUGUUUGUGCACUCGCAACGAUCCAGAAAGUCACCCGUUUAUUGAUUGCUUCAACGGAUGGGUACGUUUACAUUUAUGCUAUCAACCCGACCGAAGGAGGUGACUGCACGUUGUUGAAGCAACAUAGAUUGGAUGGAUCAACUGACAAUGGCCCUGAAAAUUCUCAAACGUCGGAAGUUCACAGCGCAGGCCAAGGCAAAGUCAAAUUAGAUUCGACAGGUAGCUACGCGCUCAUUGUCAGGGGACGCCCAUUCUCUCAGAUGACAGCUGAUGUCCUAGGAGAUUCUGAAAAGUUCCACGAUAUGGAGCGUGCCACGGAGACUCCUCCGGCAAAUCCUCUUCGCUUGGAUGACGACGGGGAAUUUCCUCCUAUGACUCAAAAAUUGGACUGAGUUUCUAAUUUGUUCCACAUAUUUUAUCAAGGAUAAUUUUUUAUCUUUUUCCGAAAUGUGCUACAAUAUUCAACUCUAUCCCUCUUCUUACCCGGUCGGCCGUACUGAGAUGAUGACAAACAUCUGAUUCUCUUUUUUUCUACAAGUGUUGGGUCAAAACCUGGCUUCUUCUUAGUUUAGACCAUUCCCCAUCGUCUCGUUUAAUAAUCGAGAAUAAGAUUCUUUACAUUUUUUGGUUCUCCUAGUGUCAGAAUGUAAAUACAUUUUCCCUAAAAAGA